AUGGCUGUCCCUAAUCAUCCACCUACAGUUUCAAAAACGAUGCCAUCACAUCGUUUUACAAUGAAUUUUCAUGCCCCUGACUUGACCAAAGCAUGGAGAGACUUCCUCAUUUCGUUCAGAAUUUACAUUACUGCACACGACUUAAGCGACGACGAAGAAGACAGACGUAAAGUAGCCAUUCUGCUUAACAUUUUGGUUUCUAAUGCGUUGCCUAUUUUCAACUCAUUUGACUUAAAACUAGAAUCUACGCCUCUGACAACGCUUGUACUGCGUUGUGGGGCAUAUUUCACUCCGAAUGUCAACCCUACGAUCGAGGGACACAAACUAUUUAACCGCAAGCAGGGAACUGAUGACGACAUAGAUACGUACGCAUUAGUUUACAAUGCGCCUUUGGUUCACUCA